AUGGCACUGCAGUCAAGCAGUCACAAAGAAGUGCCAGCACAAACCCACGCCAUCCCACAUGUCACUUUGCCCAAAGCUCCCGACCCAAAUGUCGAUCCGGCUGGCUACCUGCGCAGCAUCUACUCGGUCCGGGAACGCAGUCGCAUCGUAAUGGAGAAGGCUCAGAACGAUCAACUACGACAUUUCAACGUUGACAUGACCAAGUUUGCUGACACAGCCAAAUACGUUGUUUCGAUCAUCAAGCGCGAUUUCGAACCCGACUAUCAUAAGAUUCCUCCUCAUGGUCGAUGGCAACACUUCGAUGUUGGCGGUCAACCCAGAGUGAACGAGCUGAUACAAAGUUGGCCGUCGAGUGUCGACACCCAAGAACGAACACGGAGACUGAUCGAUCUAUUUCUCGUUUCUGUGCUAUUGGAUGCAGGUGCAGGUGCUCGAUGGCAAUACAAGACCCAAGAAGACGGCAGAGUCUUCAAGCGCAGUGAAGGUCUCGCAGUGGCUAGCCUGGAAAUGUUCAAAGCGGGCCUUUUCUCCAGCGAUCACAAUCAGCCAUUUCAGGUCGACAGCACCGCCUUGAAACGUCUUACUCCGGAGAGCGUUGGGAAAGGCUUGCAGGUUUCGGCGGAGAACCCAGUUGAUGGAUUAGCUGGUCGAACGAGUCUGCUCGUCAAACUUGGAGAAUCCCUCCUCAACAAAGAAGUCUUUGGCGCAAAUUCGCGUCCUGGCAAUCUAUUAGACUACCUUCUCAAUCAUCCAUCAACGCACCGGGGCCCGGUCACCGUAGUCACCCUCCCAACUCUGUGGGAUACGCUCAUGCACAGCCUGACUGCCAUUUGGCCAGCCACGCGCACCCAGAUUAAUGGCCAGGCCCUUGGAGAUGCCUGGCCCUGCGAAUCGAUGCCAUCAGUGCCCUCGCAGCCCUGGCAAAGCAUUGUACCGUUUCACAAACUCACUCAAUGGUUGACCUAUUCUCUCAUGGUGCCCAUGCAGAAGCUGGCAAACGUCCAUUUCGCUGGAGUCGAGCUGAUGACCGGGCUACCAGAAUAUCGCAACGGUGGACUUUUGGUCGAUACAGGUCUCCUGACGUUGAAGAAGGCUGAUCAGCAGCGGGGUGAGGAGCAGUAUCGAUCGAAUGCCACGCGUGAAGGACAGCCAAACUUUGAGGUGGUCCCGCUUUUCACUGCGGAUGACGACGUGAUAGUGGAGUGGCGAGCGGUCACGGUUGGCUUCCUCGACAAACUGCUCCUGGAAGUCAACAAUCUCCUCGGUCUGUCUGGCAAUGACAAGCUCAAUUUGGCGCAAAUGCUCGAAGCUGGCUCCUGGAAGGUCGGUCUUUUCUCUCUUCACGUACCUACAGUGAAUAAAGCAGGGCUAACAUUGGUUGUACAGAGCGGGCGAGAGAUUGCCGAAGUCAGCCGGCCAAAUACAAAGGAGCCACCUAUCAUGAUCCUCUCUGAUGGCACCGUAUUUUAG